GGGGACGGGAAGGUGGGCCAUGCCGUGUAAGGAGGCUCAGAGAGGGUGAGUUACCUGCCCAAGGACACACAGCAAGAGGUGAGCGCCAGGCCCGCUGAGCCUCCGCAGAGCCGCCAGCCAUGCCCGGGAUCGUGGUGUUCCGGCGGCGCUGGUCUGUGGGCAGCGAUGACCUCGUCCUGCCAGCCAUCUUCCUCUUCCUGCUGCAUACCACCUGGUUUGUGAUCCUGUCCGUGGUGCUCUUCGGCCUGGUCUACAACCCGGACGAGGCCUGCUCCCUGAACCUGGUGGACCACGGCCGCGGCUACCUGGGCAUUUUGCUGAGCUGCAUGAUCGCCGAGAUGGCCAUCAUCUGGCUGAGCAUGCGCGGCGGCAUCCUCUACACAGAGCCCCGCGAAUCCAUGCAGUACGUGCUCUACGUGCGCCUGGCCAUCCUGGUGAUCGAGUUCAUCUAUGCCAUCGUGGGCAUCGUCUGGCUCACCCAGUACUACACCUCCUGCAACGACCUCACUGCCAAGAACGUCACGCUCGGGAUGGUCGUCUGCAACUGGGUGGUCAUCCUGAGCGUGUGCAUCACAGUCCUCUGCGUCUUCGACCCCACGGGCCGCACCUUCGUCAAGCUGAGGGCCACCAAGAGGCGGCAGCGCAACCUGCGGACCUACAACCUGCGGCACCGCUUAGAAGAGGGUCAGGCCACCAGCUGGUCACGCCGGCUCAAAGUGUUCCUCUGCUGCACUCGGACGAAGGACUCCCAGUCAGACGCCUACUCGGAAAUCGCCUACCUCUUUGCCGAGUUUUUCCGAGACCUGGACAUUGUGCCGUCGGACAUCAUCGCCGGCCUGGUGCUGCUCCGGCAGCGGCAGCGGGCCAAGCGCAAUGCCGUGCUAGAUGAGGCCAACAACGACAUCCUGGCCUUCCUGUCUGGCAUGCCGGUGACCCGAAACACCAAGUACCUCGACCUCAAAAGCUCGCACGAGAUGCUCCGCUAUAAGGAGGUCUGCUAUUACAUGCUCUUCGCCCUGGCUGCCUACGGCUGGCCCAUGUACCUGAUGCGGAAACCUGCCUGCGGCCUCUGCCAGCUGGCCCGGUCCUGCUCGUGCUGCUUGUGCCCUGCCCGGCCCCGGUUCGCCCCCGGAGUCACCAUCGAGGAAGACAACUGCUGCGGCUGCAAUGCCAUCGCCAUUCGACGCCACUUCCUGGAUGAGAACAUGACCGCGGUGGACAUCGUCUACACCUCCUGCCAUGACGCGGUCUAUGAAACCCCCUUCUACGUGGCGGUGGACCACGACAAGAAGAAGGUGGUGAUCAGUAUCCGGGGAACCCUGUCCCCCAAGGACGCCCUGACAGACCUGACUGGCGACGCCGAGCGCCUCCCCGUGGAGGGCCACCACGGCACCUGGCUGGGACACAAGGGGAUGGUCCUCUCGGCCGAGUACAUCAAGAAGAAGCUGGAGCAGGAGAUGGUUCUGUCCCAGGCCUUUGGGCGAGACCUGGGCCGCGGAACCAAACACUAUGGCCUGAUUGUGGUGGGCCACUCCCUGGGUGCAGGCACCGCCGCCAUCCUCUCCUUCCUCCUGAGACCCCAGUACCCAACCCUCAAGUGCUUUGCCUACUCCCCCCCAGGGGGUCUGCUGAGCGAGGAUGCCAUGGAGUACUCCAAGGAAUUUGUGACGGCUGUGGUUCUGGGCAAAGACCUUGUUCCCAGGAUCGGCCUUUCCCAGCUGGAAGGCUUCCGCAGACAGCUCCUGGAUGUCCUGCAGCGAAGCACCAAACCCAAAUGGCGAAUCAUUGUGGGGGCCACCAAAUGCAUCCCCAAGUCAGAACUGCCCGAGGAGGUGGAGGUGACCACCCUGGCCAGCACGCGGCUCUGGACUCACCCCAGUGACUUGACCAUCGCCCUGUCAGCCAGCACUCCCCUCUACCCCCCCGGCCGCAUCAUCCACGUGGUCCACAACCACCCAGCGGAGCAGUGCUGCUGCUGUGAGCAGGAGGAGCCCACAUACUUCGCCAUCUGGGGCGACAACAAGGCCUUCAACGAGGUGAUCAUCUCGCCGGCCAUGCUGCACGAGCACCUCCCCUACGUGGUCAUGGAGGGGCUCAACAAGGUGCUGGAGAACUACAACAAGGGGAAGACCGCCCUGCUGUCCGCUGCGAAGGUCAUGGUGAGCCCCACAGAGGUGGACCUGACCCCCGAGCUCAUCUUCCAGCAGCAGCCGCUGCCCACGGGGCCACCCGUGCCUGCCGGCCUGGCCCUGGAGCUGCCCGCCGCAGACCGCCGAGACAGCAGCAUCAGGAGCAAGUCCCAGUCUGAGAUGAGCCUGGAGGGCUUCUCGGAGGGGCGGCUGCUCUCUCCCGUGGCCGCGGCCUCGGCGGCCCGCCAGGACCCGGUGGAGCUGCUGCUGCUGUCUACCCAGGAGCGGCUGGCAGCCGAGCUGCAGGCGCGGCGGGCACCACUGGCCACCAUGGAGAGUCUGUCGGACACGGAGUCUCUGUACAGCUUCGACUCGCGCCGCUCCUCCGGCUUCCGCAGCAUCCGCGGCUCGCCUAGCCUCCAUGCCGUGCUGGAGCGCGACGAGGGCCACCUCUUCUACAUCGACCCGGCCAUCCCCGAGGAGAACCCAUCCCUGAGCUCGCGCACCGAGCUGCUGGCAGCCGACAGCCUGUCCAAACACUCGCAGGACACGCAGCCCCUGGAGGCUGCCCUGGGCAGCGGGGGCGUCACUCCCGAGCGGCCCCCCAGCGCCGCGGCCAACGAGGAGCCGGAGGAAGCGGGCGGAGGGGCAGCCCCCCGCAGUGGAGAGCUGGCGCUGCAGGAGGGGCGCCUGGGGGACUCGCCCAGCCCGCAGGUGCUGGAGUUUGCCGAGUUCAUCGACAGCCUCUUCAACUUGGACAGCAAGAGCAGUUCCUUCCAGGACCUCUACUGCAUGGUGGUGCCUGAGAGCCCCACCAGCGACUACGCCGAGGGCCCCAAGUCCCCCAGCCAGCAGGAGAUCCUGCUCCGAGCCCAGUUCGAGCCCAAUCUGGUGCCCAAGCCCCCACGGCUCUUCGCUGGCUCAGCCGACCCCUCCUCGGGCAUCUCGCUGUCACCCUCCUUCCCACUCAGCUCCUCGGGCGAGCUCAUGGACCUGACCCCCACAGGCCUCAGCAGCCAGGAGUGCCUGGCAGUGGACAAGGUCCGGACUUCUACCCCGGCUGGCCGCGGGGCCAGCCCCACCAAGCAGGACGACCUGGUCAUCUCGGCACGCUAGCAGCACCCAGGAGUGGCUACCGACCGUGGCCUGGGCCAGAGCAGGUGGCUCCUUCAGGCUCCUGGUGGCUGCCCCUCGGGCCGGGCAGCUUUGGGGAGAGGCCGCUCCCGGGCCAGUGUCGCCUCAGGCGUUGAGCACUGCUGCUGAGCUGGGGGGUCCGCCUCCCUACCUCAGCUU